CUCCGAUUGGCCGGAGCGCACUUUACAAUCCGCUCUUGUUUCCAUCCGAGGCAGAAGACUUCUCCUCCCCGAAGCCUGAGGAGCCCGAGCAGAGCAGAGCAGAGCAGAGCGGAGGAGGCUGCAGCCAGAGGACACCCAGGACUUUACUCCAGACUUUGUGUUCCUUCAUGAAGUGAGCUUUUGCUCGUCCUGCUGCAGAGACAAAGCACCAUGAGGUCUUCCUGUGAGUCCUUCUGGAGGAUGGUCCGGCUGGCGGCGCUCCUGUCAGCGUGCGCGGCGUCAGAGUACGAGUACCUGAGCUGGAAGUCGGACGUGUACAACGGCGGCCGCAGCUACGGGAAGCCUCCCCAGUGCGUGGACAUCCCGGACGACCUGCGGCUGUGCCACGGCGUGGGCUACGGCCAGAUGCUGCUGCCCAACCUGCUGGAGCACGAAACCAUGGCCGAGGUGAAGCAGCAGGCCAGCAGCUGGGUGCCCCUGGUGCACAAGAACUGCCACUCGGACACGCAGGUCUUCCUCUGCUCGCUCUUCGCGCCCGUGUGCCUGGAGCGGCCCAUCUAUCCGUGCCGCUGGCUGUGCGAGGCCGUGCGCGACAGCUGCACCCCCAUCAUGGAGGCGUUCGGCUUCCCCUGGCCGGAGAUGCUCACCUGCGACAAGUUCCCCCAGGACGAUGUGUGCAUCGCCAUGACGCAGCCCAACGCCACGGAGGCCACCAAGCCCACAGGUUACUCUCCCAUCUGCCCUCCAUGUGACAAUGAAAUGAAGACAGACGCCAUCCUGGAGCACAUGUGUGCCAGCGAGUUCGCUUUCAAGGCCAAGAUCAAGGAGGUGAAGCGAGAAAACAUGGACCGCAAGGUGAUCCUGCAGAAGAGGAGGAAGAUGUUGAAAGCAGGCAACCUGAAGAAGAAGGACAUGAAGAAGCUGGUGUUGUACUUGAAGAAUGGAGCGGACUGCCCCUGCCAGCAGCUGGACAACCUGACAAACCAGUAUCUAAUCAUGGGCCGCAAGGUGGACAAGCAGUACCUCCUCACAGGCAUCCACAAGUGGGACAAGUCCAGCAAGGAGUUCAAAAAGGCCAUCAAGAAACUCAAGACCCACAAAUGUCCUACAUUCGAGAACGUCUUCAAAUAAUAUGACUGGCCUCCACCCCCGGUCACAUCUCAUCCUACAUACGAACUUGCACAAGCAUUCCCAGUCUUUGCUUUCUGUUGUCCUGUUUAUAUAUCUAUAUAUCUUUGUAUAUUUACAGAUAUACUUUGGAAUGUCCCUUGUUAAGUUUUAGUGGAAUGUGGGAAGUGAUAACAUUGCUAAUGAAAGAGUUGGGUUUCCUUUUGUUUCUUUUGGCUAAAGAAAAAGGACAUCGUAGUGAAAGCCCUUCCGUGUUGAAAUCAUUUCCACCACAUGUAUGUACAUACUUUGUGAAAUUUUCCUUAUCCUCACACAGGUCACUGGAUUGGUUGGGCAUUUUGGAAAACACUUGGGAAAACUUUCUUCCUUGCCUCGAGUAAGAUGAGAAGAUGAAACCACUUUUGUGUCUGGUAAAAGCUAGAAGCUAAAGCCAACAGACAGUUAGCUUACCUCACACAAAGAUUGUGACUGAGGGCCAAUAGCUAGCUUGCUUCUGUCCAAAGGUAAAAAAAAGAGAAACAGUCCAUUUUAGAUUUAGUUUCUGGUUUGUAUGAAAUAAAUGAAAUGUAACAGGUUAUUUAGUGGGCCAAGCUAGCUUGUUCCCAGUCUUUAUACGGAUGUAGGCUAACCAUCUGCUGGUCACCUCUUAGCUAAAAACAUGUCCCAGUGUCCUGGAAACAAUCUCUCUUUGUGAUCAUUUAUUAAUAACUCUUAAAAUCAAUGAUUAGACUUCAGAAAUAUGAGCUUUAAAAGCUAUGUAGGGUUCCUGUUGAAUAACUUAUUGACAGAAGUGUGAGGGUGCUGUCAUUAGCUGAAGACUGCACUGCGAGCCAUGCAGAUCAUUUACGCUUGAUUUCUUCAUGUAAUUGUUUAAUGUCAUUUGUUACUUGAAAAUCAUAAGAGAAUCAUAACAACCAAUCUGCAUCACCAGAUCAUGUUUAGGCCUGUGUGGCUGGUUUCUUGAUUUUGGCUAAACCUUUUUUUUUUUUUUUUUUACCACUGUUCUUUCUUUAUACGUUCAGUUUGCAGUACUCAUUAUUCAUCAGUAAUGGAAUGUUUAAAAGUGCAAAAGUUAUCAAAGUGCAAAUGUUGCCAAAUCUGUGUUCUGGUUUGUUCUGCUUGAGUGUCUCUGAUCCGUUCUAGCACUGUUUUGUUUCAGAUUUGGGUGUCAGCAGUGCAUCGCUGCCUAUUUCAUGUACAUACAAAUUUUACAUAAAUAUGGAAAAACUAAA